CAACUUCAAAAGAAAUCGCCAAAUCCAUCGCCAACCGCACGGCUGGGCUCACAUUUCCUCGGCGACAGAAACGAUGCUCCUCUCCGCCAUUCGUCUCCAGACGCCUCUCUGUAAUCCCAAUCACUCUUCCACUACCGCUGUUUCUACCACCACCAACCUCCUCUUCUCGACCACUAAGUCCCAACUCGCUGCCGCCACCUCCUCCUCUCUAAGACCACUCCACUUCCUCACCACCAAUCCUUCUACUUCCUCAUCCUCUUCGCUUAACACCAACAGUACUAAUGUCAGCAGCAACUCCGUUCUUCAAAAUCCUAACUUGCUUCAUCAUGUGACCCGCACGCUCCCCGAUGACGAACCGGAAGGAGCAACAGAGAUGGUGUCCUCCGCCUCUGCCGUUGCUUCCGCCAUUCGUAGAGGCUCGAAUUCACCGGUGGAGUUUGUGCAAAGGAUCGAAGAGGCUGAGAAGAGUAAAUUGGUGCUGCCGAGUCCGGACUUUCAGAGACUUUGUACCGAACAGUUGGACCUCUUUCGGAGGGUCGUUGAUCCCGAAGCUAUCCUUUCGGUCUAUGUGAGACCGGCUGGAAGUUAUGUUAUGGACCGUUUGGAACUGCGUAGAAUAACGUCUUAUCCAGGAGUGAAUUCGUCUGAUGUGAUAAUAUUAGUUGGUAAUUUUAAUAUUCCCACAGGGUUACGCGCAGCUGAAGCUGCACUCUCCAAUCAACAAGUAGAAUUUAUGCCUGAGCACAGGGCUAUGGUGUUUCCGAUGGUUAAACAUCCAUUUGUUGUUGGGUUCUUGGUGGCUGAGUUACCCAUGAUGGAACCAAAAUGUGGGAAUCUGCAGACUGAGAAGCCUGAGCAUGAUUUGAUUCACUUGCCAUCUCCAGAGGAAGUCUAUGCUUUGCCUUCAAGCUCAGAUAAGAACUUGGGGGAAAUUCAGGCUUUUAAAAACGAGCCAUUGAGUAUGUAUAGCUUUACGUCUGAGCAAAGAUUGAAUGCUAUCAAUAUCUCUCGCUCUCUAGCUACGGCUUAUGUUAUGGAUCAGAAAGCCCUGUUACUUCAGCAGUCAUCUUGGCAAAAUAAUGUCAGAAUCAGUAAUCUGGUCGAACAGAUUCGUGGUCCUCUUUCUUGCAUUCAAACUUUGAGUAAACUAUUAUCCAAACACAUGAAGAGAAGUGAGAUUUCUUAUGAUAUUGUUGGAGACAUACUUGUACAAAGUGAUCGUAUUAGAGAUACUCUUCAAGAACUCCAGGAUGCCGUUUACUUGACGAAGGCCAAUAUAAUGCGGUACAAUGCAGAGACAUUAAAAAAAAUUCAGAAUUCCACUUAUCACCAUCAUGAGUCAUUGAUGUCUCAACUAUCAGAUAGCCUUCCUAGAGAGACUGGCAACGCCGAUGAUUUGCAAUGGUCCAGAGAACCGUCUUCUCUAAAUGCUGUACCCGAGGACAUAGAGAUGCCUUUGCCACCUUUAGCUCUUGCACCCCUUCGACAACAUGGAAUAAGACCAUGCAAUGUUUCUGAGGUGCUGUCAGAUUUGGUUCAGGCAGUGCAACCCCUUGCUUGUCAUCAGCAACGCAGUGUAGAGCUCACUAAUUGUCAAUCUUUGCAAGUUGCUAUAGAAGAACCAGCUUUACGCCAGGCUUUGAGCAAUUUAAUUGAAGGUGCAUUACUGCGAACUCAUGUUAGAGGCAAGGUUGAAAUUGCUUCUGCUGAAGCUCCUGCAGGUGGAGCCCUCAUAGUUAUUGAUGAUGAUGGCCCUGAUAUGCACUAUAUGACGCAAAUGCAUUCACUCACACCAUUUGGAGCAGAGCUUUUCACAGAAAACAUGAUUGAAGAUAACAUGACAUGGAAUUUUGUUGCUGGACUGACUGUUGCUCGUGAGAUACUUGAGAGUUAUGGCUGUGUUGUGCGUGUGAUAUCACCCCGGAUCGCAGAUGCAGCCCUUGGAGCUGGUGGAACCAGGUUAGAACUCUGGCUUCCUUCCUUUACAGCAUUAUCUGACUUAAACAGUCUUGGUCAUGAGGCAUAGAAUGUAAUAAAGAAACUGAGCCUUUGCCUAGUUUGUGAGAGAAUAAAAAAAUACCUUUAUAAGUUGGUCAUAGAGUUGAGAGCUUCUUUUCUCUAAUACGUUCAUGCCUGAAAUUUGAGGGGAUUCUGUAUAGGUCUGUUGUAUUCUUACUGCAUAUGCAGUGAUUUGUAUGUAAAUAAGAAGUAUUCCAAUGUGUAUUUUAUAAUAUAAGCCCCUCAAAUUCAUAGAAUUUUAUGAUUACUGUUCUCUGUAGUAGAAGAUCAACCUAAUAUUUUGAGUUUGAA